AUGGCUUGGACAUACAGAAUUCUCCGCCGGCCAUGGAGGGCCAAGAAGCCUCUGUAUUGGGGAAUGAUACCCGAACUGGGCGGCGUCGUUGCCCUUCUUGUCCUCUUCGCUCUUCAGCAGCCUGAUGCCUUUCGCACUCUAGCCUGGAGCAUCGGUUACGACAGAGGGCUCAACUCCAGCCCACGCGUCCUUCUCUACGCCUAUGCCAAUCACAGGCCACUACCUGCCAUUCCGCUUGUCUGGUCACAGACAAUAACUGACUACAAUGUCGCCAUUUCGAUCGUCUCCCUCUUUACCCUCCUGGCAAAAAUGAUUGCCACCAUCAUGAAGAUCUUUUAUCCCGUCUUCGGCACUGUCCUCGGUCUCUCUUUGACGGCUUUGUAUGCUGUGAGCGUCUAUGGCCAAGCUGGACCCGAUUACCUCGACCCUCGCUAUCCGAGCCCGUCGGCCUGGUACAUUCGGCUCGGCUGCGACAUUGCCGCACCAUAUGGCGCGGUUAAGAAGUGUCAAUUGGCCAAGGGUGCCUUUGCCAUGACCGUCUAUCUCCUGGCUAUCUAUGUCUUCCAGACUUGCUUCGCUAUCUGGGCCAUGAUCCCCAACAAGGAGCUCGACAUGGAGGAUGACUCGGACGACGAGAACGAGCAUGGUCCCGCCAAUAGAAAGGACAAAGGAGUUGAGAUGCAACCCACGCCGCCACCUCUGCAAAUGCCGUUCACACCGCGGACGCAGGCAUUCCAUGCGCUAGAGAACAAACUUACUUAUGCCUAG